UCCAGAACCCUGCUGCACUGCCAGGAUUGGAACCGCGGCGACUUCGUGCCAUGUCUGUCGACGGUGGCAGCUUGAGUAAUCUACUCAAUCUUCAGUUUUGGCUUUCUACCAUGCCACAACUCGCUCAUAGUAUCGAACAAGUGUGGUUCACGUUCGAGAAACUCGACGGAGAAAUAUCUGCGAAGGAGAAAGCGCACUUUGAACUACUUUGCACCAAGGCAGAAGUUACCAACGGUCAGCCUCGUAGGAUCAACCACAGCCAUAUCUGGGAGUCGCCAAUAUACCCAGUAGAAGCUCAAAUCAGUAUAGCCAUUGGUCAUUUAUUAUUAGCCCUUCCGAGCGUCAAACAAGUCGGUUUUGACAAAAAGCUUUUCUUGAAGGUUAUGGAUGGGCCCAAUUUUCAGUCACUACCGUUGAUGCGAGCUCCCUCUCUCAAUCUGGUAGAGGAAUCCGAAUCUCCGGUAUCAUUGUCAUGGCAGACUAUUCUCACGCUAUGCCAACUACCAGUGGAGCACUUGUUGAUCCACGGAAAGAUCAACUUCGAUGUCAAUCGCACAAGAGGCCAAAUCCAAGACCUGGACAACGUCAAAGAUAUCACUUUCGACGAGGUGAUCAUGGAGGGGAAAGGCACUGGGAUCCCUCAGGCACCCAAGCUUGAGGCCGUCAGAUAUCUCAGCCCGCAGGCACAAGGGGGGAAUGAUGCCUUCUUCCAAUUCAAGACUAUUUUCGACUCUCUGACCCUUGACACAUCAUCUCUCAAGAUGUUGUGUUUGAGCUUCCCAAAUAUGCCAGACUCUCGGGUACAAUACGAGUUGUCGAGCAUGUUGGAAAAACUGGAAAACUUGAAAGAUUUAUGGAUUGAUUUGAGAUCGGGCAAACAAAAGAAGCCUGCCGAUGGUCAAAAUGAAUUCCUGAAGUAUGUUCAGUCGGAAGAAUUCAUUAUGAAAUUACCGAAAUCCUUGAUAUAUCUGUCAUUGACGGGCGACUUCUCGGACAUCGACUUCACUAUCCAUCUCGCGGCCAACAGCCUCAAAGACCUGAAUGGGUUUGGCAUCUCGGUUCCGGAUCCUAAUAGCAUCUUUGCUUACAAUAGGCUCAAACUAAAACAUUCUCAGCGUCUCAAUGUUUUUUCACAUAAGUUUGGCGGGGCUCCGGUGGACACGAGUGCUUGGGAUGAAAUGAAAGGUUGGAAACUUACAAACCCGGCUUGGAAGUUGUCCUGAUUCCAUAUCAUCUUCCCCUAUUCGCUUUCACCUACAAAUUAAAACUUGGCAC